AUGGGAACUACUGAAUUCAUUCAUAGUUACGAUGAUAGAAUCCUUAGAAUCCAACAAGAGCAGAUGGCUAAUACAGAAAAGUUAAGUGAAGACGAAUACACAAUCGAGCCUCAAGAUGAGCUAUUGAUUCACAACUAUAAUACUCUUCCAGAUAAUUGUAAAAAGUUCUGGAAGAAGCGAUAUAAAUUGUUUUCUAAAUUCAAUGAAGGGAUAUAUAUGAGUUCAGAUAUGUGGUUUUCUGUUACCCCUGAAGCUGUGGCACUGUUCACAGCUCGAUUGAUUCGUGAAAUGUUACCAGAGGCUGAAUUUAUUCUUGACGUUUGUUGUGGAGCUGGAGGGAAUGCCAUUCAAUUAGCUACUGAAUUCCCCCAUGUGGUAGCUAUAGAUAUCAGUCAGAAUAACAUCAUUAGUACUAUUCAUAAUGCAGAGGUUUACGGCAUUAGAGAUCAUAUUUGGUGUAUUGAAGGAGAUUGGAUUCAAAUGUCCAAAUCUCCAAAUUGGCUUAACCAAAGUAUCCCCCAUCGAAAAGAAAGUAUUCACCAUCCCUUUGAUUUCGUCUUUAGUUCUCCACCUUGGGGAGGCAACAAUUAUCUGAGAGAUACUUAUGAUUUGAAUAUGUUGCAGCCAUUACCAUUGAAACCUCUUAUACAACUGCUCAGUCAAUAUUCUACAAACUUUGGAAUGUUUCUACCUCGACUGCUGAACACAGAUCAAUUGAGUGAAGUUACCAAACAACUUUUUGGUUCUGAGGCUAAAUGUAGAGUGGUGUAUCCAUAUGAAGGUGAUUAUAUCAGCGGAAUCCUUGCAUUUUGGGGACCUGAUGUAACCAAGACACACAUAGACUAUGAGCUGUUUGUUGAUCCUGAAUACCUAAUCCUUAACUCUACCCUGUUCAGUGUUGCAUAG